AUGAGCAAAGCUUCCGCAAAGUCUUCCGCCGAACCUUCUGCAGCAGCCGCUGCAGAGACAUUCUUGAAGACUGGAACGAUGGCCGACUUCACGAAAAUCUACCACCGUCAUUCUUAUUCAGCGAUUUCCCCCUCCGCACUUCCUAAUUCCCAAUCUGGCAGAACCGUUCUUAUAGCGGGUGCCUCCACUGGAAUCGGCCGGUCUAUUUCUCGCUCUUUCGCGGCUGCUGGAGCAGCUCGGACUAUUCUAGUUGGUCGUACGCUGGCUACCUUAGAGAAAGCUGCUCUCACAAUCCCCAAUGCUGAGGCGCGUGUGUGCGACAUAUCAUCCCUUGAGAGCGUGGAAGGGCUUUGGAACAGCUUAAAGCAGGAUGGCAUUCACGUGGACACGCUGAUAUUAAAUGCAGCGGCGGCAUCUAUUGUUGGAAGUUUAAAGACAGGAUGGAGAGAGAUUUGGGGGGUAUUUGAGACGACAGUACUGGGAAAUCUCAGAAUGGUGCAAGGCUUUGUUGAUCAGAUGGGAAACAAACAAGGCCAUGCACUUAUCUCAAUCUCCUCAUUUAUGGCGCAUUCCAACCCGGCUCCUGGACAAGGUGCAUACUCCGCCUCAAAAGCAGCGUUGGCAAAUUUGCUCCAGCAUCUUGCGGAGGAGAUCCCAGCUAUUGAUGCACAAAUCAUCAAUGUCCACCCGGGAGCCAUCUUAACUGACGCAGCCCGUUCAGUGGGCAUGACUGAAGAUUCAUUUCCUUGGGAUGAUGAAAAUCUGCCAGGAGAUUUUUGUGUUUGGGCAUCUACGAAAGCAGCUGCAUUUUUGCAUGGCCGAUUUGUGUGGGCAAAUUGGGAUGUGGAUGAGUUGAUGGCAAGGAACACUGAGAUCUGCAGUCAAGCCGGAAUGCUGAAGAUCGGAUUACAAGGUGCUGAGUAUGUUGACAUACGAAACAUCUUCCAGAAGGUUAUUGAAAAGGAGAAAUCCACCGUCUAG